AUGAAUGAAUGGACUUUUUUUAUCACAGGACCCAUACGAGGCCCAAAUGAGGCAGCCAAUCGGAACUUGCGCGAUCUGAGCGGCAGUGAAGGUGUCAAUGUCGCACUUGGGAAGACGGCGUACCAAACAACCACUGAGCACCACACUCGGGCUGCCAGCCGUGCCGUGGACGGGAACACCGAUACCAACUUCUUUUCUGGAACUUGUACACACACUGCAGACGCAGGAGAGACUGAUCCAAGCUGGUGGGUGGAUCUCGGUCAAUCGUACAUGAUUGCCAGAGUAGUCAUUUUUAACAGCCUAGACGCAGGUCCGUGGCGACUCAACCCCUUCAACAUCCACAUCGGGGACUCCGACCAGGUCAGCACGAACCCCAAGUGUGGAGGUGAUCAUCACAUCGCCCUGGACCAGCCGUCCAUUUCCGUCCCAUGUCCGGGGAUGAUUGGACGGUAUGUGGGCGUCCGUCUCCCCGGACCCUCUCGAAUACUGACCCUGUGUGAAGUACAAGUAUAUACGGGUGUCAAUGUCGCACUUGGGAAGACGGCGUACCAAACAACCACUGAGCACCACACUCGGGCUGCCAGCCGUGCCGUGGACGGGAACACCGAUACCAACUUCUUUUCUGGAACUUGUACUGUCACUGCAGACGCAGGAGAGACUGAUCCAAGCUGGUGGGUGGAUCUCGGUCAAUCGUACAUGAUUGCCAGGUAUGUUCAUUUUAACAGCCUAGACGCAGGUCCGUGGCGACUCAACCCCUUCAACAUCCACAUCGGGGACUCCGACCAGGUCAGCACGAACCCCAAGUGUGGAGGUGAUCAUCACAUCGCCCUGGACCAGCCGUCCAUUUCCGUCUCAUGUCUGUGGAUGAUGGGACGGUAUGUGGGCGUCCGUCUACCCGGACCCUCCCGAGUACUGACCCUGUGUGAAGUACAAGUAUAUACGGAAACGGACAGUCCACAGUUCCUCACCUGCUCAACAGCAACUUAUACUUCACUGUCCAUCAGCUGGGUGAAGCCGAGAGCGCCGCUUUUCGGAUACAGAGUGACCUACACCCUCGUUAGUGACAGUCCGUCCGACGUCAUCUCAACAGACUUUGGUCCGGAGAAUGAGAAACAGGUACUCCGGGAUGUCCUAGCUGACCGAGAAUACAGCGUGACGCUUGUAGCUGUUGGGAUGUAUGAGGAGAGCUUGUCUGUUGAGGUCAAUUGUGCAACAUUGACGCCCCCACCUGAGGACUUCAAGUUGAAAGACAGUACAGAAACGUCCAUCACAGUUUCGUGGAAGCAGAAGUCCAACUCACUCGCUAUUGGCUACAGGAUGUGGAUAGGGCGGAGUGAUACAGAUGAGAGCCUGUUCACACAGCUAGUACCCACGGGUCAAACAGAUCUGACAUUUAGUGACCUCAGCCCUGCCACAGAGUAUGUGAUAUCAGCCGCAAGCACCAACAGGUACAGCGAGGGACCAGCCGUGGACAUUACUGUGGGAACAAAAACGGAUAGUCCAACAGCACUGUACAUUGAACAGAAGACAACCAGCACUGUCACAAUCUCCUGGUUACCUCCUGAAGCUGUGAUCACCGCAUACAACAUUACGUACACAGGAAAUGGAAGAAGUACUUCCGUAAUGGAACAAGGGGAUGUAGACAGCUGUAAACUGACAGGUCUGGUUCCUGGUUCUCAGUAUGACAUUGACUUGGUGGCCGUUAGCAGGUUUGGGAGGAGCCUCGCCGUCAGUACAAGUGUUAUUACAGACACAGAUCCACCCUCACGUCUGAACGUCACCAAGUCCUCCAAGACCUGGCUGUUCCUGGAAUGGACCUCACCUGUGGCCAACAUUCUAUCCUACGACUUGGAAAUCUCAGACGAAUUUAGCAGUACAAGAACAUUCCUCAGACUUGAGGGGCACACAACGUCCUACAACGUCACGGAUCUUGUACCAGAAACCACCUACGUCUUCAAAAUGGGGGCCUUCAGCGAGUUUGGUCGUAGUGUGGACAUCCCUUUUUCAUAUAGUACAGGAUCUAUAUCGCCAAUCGAGGUCAGCACUGACUCAACGACAGAGGUCUCCACUUCUGAUAGAAUGACAACGACUUCGACCACUUCUCCGUUAUCAACAGAGUCUACAACAGCACAUGAUAGCGACGUGCACAGUCGGGACUUUGAAAGAACCACUUCUAAAUUAACACAAUCACCGUCGCCUACGGCUUUGAAUAAAGACGCAAUAACAACGGCCAAAUGGACCACCACAAACUACAUGACUUUCCCUGGUAGAUCAACGGAGCCUCCCCGUAUCUCACAGACAUCUACUCCAGACAUCAACAAAUACACAACAUCUCCCAAACGGACCACGGAGGAGCCGGCUGAAAAGCUUCAGAAUCUGGUGCAAGGCCUAGACCAAAGUUUACCGGAAACGCUGGGAGCAGAAGACAUUCUUGCAGCGGCAGCCAGCAUCAAUGACAUCAUCAAGCCUGCUGAUGCCGCCGAAUCAGAAAUGUCACCGUCGGUGUUGCAAACCACUGCCGGGAUCAUAGAAAAGCUUGCCACUGCGGCUCGGGGAACACAGGGCAUUUCUGUAGAGAAUAUGGAGACCAUAGCUGAUGCCUUGGUGCAGACGGCUUCAGCAGCCAUCGACGUGUUACCUGAACAGAAAACACAAAAAGCAAGUGACCUUGAUAGUGCGUUAGAAAGUGACCUUAUUGACACGAGUGCCACCGAUCUCUCCCCGAGGCAGCAGCUGAAGGUGUUAAAGGAGAAAGAGAAGGAAAAGCAACGAGAAGCGUCUCAGAUCAUUGUGGCAUCUCUGGACCAGGUGGCCGACACACUACUGGCGUUGCAGCCCGAGGAUGUAAAAUACCAAUCAAGCUUUAAAACAGAAAACGUCGCUGUGGAUGUAGCAAGGUCUCCGUCUGACAAAGACCUUCACAUUGGCUCCGGGGAUAUUGUGGCAAAUAUCCCCCCAACAAAUCUGACCAACGCACACGAUAUGAUGGACAUCAAGCUGAUAACGUCAUCCCGGUUAUCCGUAUGA